UCAUUUUUAAAGAACUGCAAGAAGAAACGCUACAAUAGUACAAUCUUCCUUCUCCAGCACUCUUUUUAUUUCGCGCUUUCUCGCCGGAAAACAAAAAAUGAGCCGCGAUUCUUCCCGAUCAGCUAAUUCCGGCCAAAAAUCAAAGCGUAGCCUCAACAAUUCCAAUUCCACUAGUAACAACAACGGCAAAAAUAGCAAACAGAAAACCCUAGGCAUGGCUUGGGGCUCCAGUUCGCUCUCCGCCUCUCGUUCCUCAUUUCGAAGCUCUCCGUUCUCCGACUUCGGCAGUUAUAUGGAAGUGAAGAAUAGGAAGCUUCAAAAUCAGUUUACUGCUGCAGCUUCAAAUUCUUCGUCUGCUUCAAUAUUUAAUGGAGUCUCGAUUUUUGUUGACGGUUUUACGAUUCCAUCUGUCCAGGAACUUCGAGGAUUUAUGUUGGAGUAUGGUGGGAGAUUUGAGAAUUAUUUUUCUAGGCGUCGUGUUACGCAUAUUAUAUGUAGUAAUCUUCCUGAUAGCAAAAUUAAAAACAUCAGGUCUUUCAGUGGUGGGCUGCCUGUUGUUAAACCUGCAUGGAUUGUGGAUUCUGUAGCUGCUAAUAAACUUUUGAGUUGGGUUCCUUAUCAACUUGAUCAGCUUGCUAAUAAUCAACCAAAGUUGUCAGUAUUCUUUUCCACGAAGAACAAAGCAGUUGCUGAUGAUUUAAAUAUGGACGCAACUUUGAAGGGUGGCACAUCACAAGAUGCUAACUUACCUUGUGAUAGUGAUUCUACGAAAGAUGGAGAGCAAAUAGAUAAACAAUUUGAUCAUGCUGAUUGUGCCUUUCAGGAACAUAGCAGCAGCAGUGCAAAAUCCUCAGAGCUAAGGAUUGAAGACCCUAGUAACACUGAAGAUGAAAACAGUGCAAAGGAUGAACUUCAGUCUAGUCCCCAUAAAUUCCCCGUGUCAGUCAGCAGCUACGACUACGAUGAUCACAGCAUUAAAAAGUCACCAAGUCCAGCGGUUGCUGGACCUUCUAAUCCACGUCAUUCAACUCUUGAGGAUCCCCAUUUUGUGAAGAACUACUUUAAGAGUUCGCGAUUGCACUUUAUAGGAACCUGGAGAAAUCGGUAUCGCAAGCGUUUUCCCCGUCUGUCCAGUGAUUUUAGGUGCGGAAGCAUGUCUGUUGAGGCUUAUGAUAAUUCUCAGAAGACAUCAAUUAUGCAUGUUGACAUGGACUGUUUUUUUGUAUCAGUACUUAUUAGGAACCAUCCUGAGUUACAAGAUAAGCCUGUAGCUGUAUGCCAUUCUGACAAUCCAAAAGGAACUGCUGAAAUUUCAUCUGCUAACUAUCCUGCCCGAUCUUAUGGUGUUAAGGCUGGAAUAUUUGUAAGAGAUGCCAAAGCUCUUUGUCCUCACCUUAUCAUACUUCCAUACAAUUUUCAAGCUUAUGAAGAGGUAGCUGAUCAGUUUUAUGAUGUGUUGCACAAGCACUGUGACAAAGUGCAGGCAGUGAGCUGUGAUGAAGCUUUUUUAGAUAUCACGGAUUCGUCAGGGGGAGAUCCUGAACUAUUAGCAUCAACCAUAAGAAAAGAAAUUUUUGAGAUGACAGGAUGUACUGCAGGUGCUGGAAUAGCUAGAAAUAUACUGUUGUCUCGCCUUGCCACUAGAGCUGCUAAACCUAACGGUCAAUGUUAUAUCCCUCCAGAAAGGGUGGAUGAGUUUUUGCAUGAGCUUCCAAUUAAGACACUUCCAGGAAUAGGGCGUGUUUUGGAGGAGAAGUUGAAGAAGAAAAAUGUUCAGACUUGUGGACAAUUGCGUCUAUUCUCUAAGGACUCUCUUCAAAAGGAUUUUGGCAUGAAAACUGGAGAAAUGCUUUGGAAUUAUAGCAGAGGAAUAGACAACCGGCUGGUUGGAGUGAUUCAGGAAAGCAAGUCUAUAGGUGCUGAAGUAAAUUGGGGUGUGAGGUUCAAGAAUUUGCAAGAUUGUCAACAUUUCCUCCUAAACCUUUGCAAGGAAGUUUCGUUACGCUUACAGGGAUGUGGAGUGCAUGGUCGGACUUUUACCCUCAAGAUAAAGAAGAGAAGAAAUGAUGCUGGGGAGCCUAUAAAGUAUAUGGGUUGCGGGGACUGUGAGAAUCUCUGUCACUCGAUGACGGUUCCAAUUGCUACUGAUGAUGUUGAGGUUCUUCAAAGAAUUACAAAGCAACUUUUUGGUUUUUUCAAUUUGGAUGUGACCGACAUUCGCGGUGUAGGCUUGCAAGUCUCCAAACUUGAAAAUGCCGACACUAGUAGAGGGCUUGAAAGAAAUACUUUAAGGUCAUGGCUCACCUCUGCCUCAGCAAUACCAAAGAAACGACAUAGUAUCAGCAGCAUAUCUCAUGAAAGAGCUAAUUCAGAUCCUGGGUUACAAAGAACCUCAGCUCCACCACCCAUUUCUGAUCUUGAUAUGAGUGUAAUUAAGAGUCUUCCUCCAGAAGUCUUUUCAGAACUAAAUGGUAUUUAUGGAGGGAAAUUAAUCGAUUUCAUUGCUCAAAAUAAAGGCAAACGUGAAACUAGCAGCAGUUCUUCAUUCAUCCCUUUGAAUAAACAAGAAGAAGGUGCAACAUGCUGUAAUGAGGAACCUCUUGCAUCCAAUAUUAUCCCGCAAAAACCAACUGCGAUGGGAAAGAAGGAAACGCAUAGUAUGGUUGAGGAAACACUGUCAGCAGCACCUAGGUUUGCUGUUGGGUCCUACAACGAGUCCAUUCAAACAAUGGGCCCUGGUAACAAUGAUUUAAUGCCUUUAUCUCUAAGUCAGGUUGAUACGUCAGUGUUACAACAAUUGCCUGAAGAAUUGAAAGCUGACAUUCUUGGACUGCUGCCUGCACACCGUAGAAAGGAGUUGAAUUCAAAUCCAUCUACGAUUCCUCUUAUAGAAAAUCCUCAGGAAUUAUUAAACAUCACUGAGAAUGAAGCUAUACCCAUGGACUCUCAUCUAAAUAAUGAUCUUUGGAAUGGAAAUCCCCCGCGGUGGGUUGGCAAGUUCAAGGCUACUAAUUACUUGAUACUACACAAAAUGUCCGAGAUAUAUGACACAUUGGGUUCAACUGGGAAUUUAUCUUCUCUUCUGCAGCACACAAAUUCUAAAUCUAUGUGUCAUCCUAUUGAAAAUAAUAAUGAUAGUUGGGAUGAUGAAGCUAGAAAUUACGUCUGUGAACUUCUCAAGCAGUAUAUUAACUUAAAGAUAGAAUCUGAUAUUGAAGAGAUCUACAUUUGUUUUCGUCUUCUCAGGAGGUUAACAAAAAAGUCCAAGUUCUUUGUGCAAGUGUAUGAUAUCGUCUUCCCGUACCUUCAGGCAUCUGUUGGAGAACAUUAUGGAGGAAGUUUGCAUUUUUCUCCACAUGAUUAGUGCUUAUUGACAUUUGCUGCCAAGUUCCGCCGUCACUCUUAAUAUGAGGGAAGAUGUACCGUCAAAUGAUUACUUUGGCCGUCUCAACUGGAGUUUGCAGUAGUUGCCACUCUAAAGAAUGGAUUGAAAUUUUGAUCCUCCAGUGUUUCUGGACAGAAAUACAGCUCAGUGGUUUAGGCUGACAUGGAUUUUGUAAUUUGUAACUAAUAUUUCAGGUGAUUUUCACGGUAAAUCAUCUUUAAAUUCUAGCCAUCAUGAAUAUACGAAUUAGUAGUCUUUUUUGAAAAAGUAAUUCCUAACAAACGCAUUUGAAGAAUUUUGUCUCAUAAUACACUGAAUUCGGUUUCUGUUUUCUUUCCGUUUUUUCCUUCAUCUUAUCACAUUUCACUGGAUCUUGAAUCACACAAUAAUCCUCUAAGAAGAGAUGGUGGUGCUUCUUCCCCUGAUCCACACUUCAUAUUGGAGAUUUCUUGGCUUGGUUAAAUUAACAUGAUGAAUGGAUGGUGCCGAAUUCAAAAUUUUAUGAGUAAUGAUUGUAGUUGUACAAGUCUGGGUGGGAAUGCUAUAGAAAUUGUCUGGCAUGACAAGUCCGAAUGCCUUGAAGAUAUCAAUGGACAUGACAGUCCCCUUUGUAAUAUUAUUUCACCUAUCAUGACACUCCAGCUUGUUUGUUGCAAAACGCAGUGUAAAUUAUCACUGAGCUCUACUUUUAGUCUGUUAAUGGCGAUGUAUCAGAAAAGUCGCGCUCGGAAGCUAGGCUAGGCAUGUGUCUUCUUGGUUUAAAUUCGUGUACUUCUCUUUGAUUAGCAAAAGCCAGUUUCAAACUUUAGACGAUAUAGUUUGUUUUCGUGAUGAUUAAGCAAAAUUGUGACUCUUGAUUUCUUGCUGACAGUGUAUAGCUGUUGGAGUGGAUACAUUUGCUGGAAGUAUGACAAGAUAGCAGUUUCCUGGUAGUGAUAAAGUGUAAGGAUCGUAUGUGUUAGUGGUUCGUGAAAUUUAAAUCUAUUAAAAUGACACAAAUAAAUCUUAAUGGAAGGAAGAAUACGGAAAUGCAAUAACGGAGUUUUUCAGCAAGAGGUACGAAAGUAGACUAGUCUGCUAAGUUUUGAUGGGCUAAGUUUGAAAAUUUUAUUCUAAUUUAUUACUUUUCGCUGUAAAGUUGUAGUGAAUUUGUCAAAUGCCAUCUCCAUACCGCCAUGAUUGCAUUCUUUUGUAAAGGCAAGAGACAUGGUUUGAACUUGAAUUGUAUUGUGUAGGUUUUGUGGCAAUUUGGACCGUAGACUGAGUAAUUGAUGCCGCAUUAAAUGCAAUAUUCUAGUCUUGUGCCGCUGCUUCUGCUUAAUUUUAUUCCUUUAGG